AGCCGGCACGCUGUUGAGAAGAGCAAUCAGUUGCAGUUGAAGCAUCCAUACCACAACACUUAAACCCAACCCAAGUCUUCAGACAAGCUCCAAGUCAAGAUGUUCAAAUAUGUGCUCUGCCUCGCUCUCAUCGGUUGCGCCUGCGCCGACAACAUCAACAAGGACGCACAGAUUCGCAGCUUCCAGAAUGACGCCUCCGAUGCCGAGGGCAACUAUCAGUUUGCUUACGAGACCAGCAAUGGCAUUCAGGUGCAGGAGGCGGGCAAUCCCUCGGGCGUACGCGGCUCCGUUGCCUAUGUUUCGCCUGAAGGCGAGCAAAUCUCAUUGAGCUACACCGCCGACGAGGAGGGCUAUCAUCCAGUUGGCGAUCAUCUGCCCACCCCACCUCCCGUUCCCGCCUAUGUGCUGCGCGCCCUCGAAUACAUUCGCACGCAUCCACCAGCACAGAAGGACGAGCAGUAAGCUGGCAUUGAAAUUCCACAUCCGCACAGAGAGCCAACCAGUCAAGCAUCACCACUCACCACUCACCAGCACCAGCACCAGCACCAACACCAUUCGCACCACUCGUAAAUGUGGCAGUCAUUGUUAUAUAGAGACAUACAUUUUGCAUGUUUUAAUUAGUUGUAGGUAUCGUUAAUAAAGCUCGCUCGUAAGUCAACGCGCAAAAAGCAAAAGAAUGGCUC